UGCCCUAGCAACUCAGACACUGCACCAAUCAGAGGAAGGUAAACAAACGCACACCCACCCCCUGCUCCAUGUCUUCGCCACUGGAGCGGGAGCCGCAGAAGCCUCGUCCUGGCUCCUAAAACCCAAGUGUAGGAUUUUACUUACGUGCGUAAAAGCGCGGCGCGUCUGACGGCGCAGUCACCGCAUCGGGUCGGUGUCCACUGUGUCUCUCCUGGGCUGGAUUCCAACCCGACUUCCUAACAGCUCGCGCAGAACCGCGCAGAGUCUACGUCGUGCGUCUUAGAGGGAUUUGUCCGUGGCGUCGCUGAGCCCGAGGGGGGGCUGCUGGUGUCCGGCUGCUCUCAUCAUGGGACGCGGCAGCUGGCGCCUGGUGCAGCGAUGAGCCACAGAAGCAGCCCGGCCAGGCCCUACGACUUUCUGCUCAAGUUCCUGCUGGUGGGGGACAGCGACGUCGGGAAGGGCGAGAUUCUGGCAAGUCUGCAAGACGGAGCCUCCGAGUCUCCCUACGGCUACAACAUGGGAAUCGACUACAAGACGACGACCAUCCUCCUGGACGGAAGGAGAGUCAAGCUGCAUCUAUGGGACACUUCGGGCCAGGGCCGGUUCUGCACCAUCUUCAGGUCCUACUCCAGAGGAGCACAGGGUGUGAUCCUGGUCUAUGACAUUGCCAACCGCUGGUCCUUUGACGGGAUCGACAGGUGGAUCAAGGAGAUCGACGAGCAUGCACCUGGAGUGCCUAAGAUCCUUGUCGGGAACCGUCUCCACCUGGCCUACAAGCGUCAGGUGACCACGGAGCAGGCGCAGGUGUACGCCCAGAAACUGGGUGUGACCUUCUUUGAGGUGAGCCCGCUGUGCAACUUCAACAUCACGGAGUCAUUCACAGAGCUGGCUCGCAUCGUGCUAAUGAGACACGGCAUGGAGCGGCUGUGGAGGCCCAACAAAGUGCUGAGUCUGCAGGAGCUGUGCUGCCGCUCCAUCGUGUCCUGCACCCCCGUCCACCUGGUCGACAAACUCCCCCUCCCACUGGCUCUCAAGUCCCACCUCAAGUCAUUCUCCAUGGCCAACGGCCUCAACGCCCGCAUGAUGCACGGCCGCUCGUACUCUGUUAUCGCCAGCACCUCGGCCCACCACGGCGCCACCAAGAGGACGGGAGGGACACUGCUAAAGAAAACCAAGCUGAGCCGACCCCCACCGCUCAGCCCGUCAGCCCAGAGCUGCAGGAACAGCUGCAAAUCAUCCUAAGAGCUAAGAGACGCUGCUGCUCCCAUUUGAUUAAAGAGCAGAAACAGGAGGUGCAAAUAAAUGUGUGACAUUUAUUUCUUCUAAAAAAGGAUGCGCGUUGCUUCAGGCAUCCCUCUGCUCCGGUUAUAGCUCAUCAGUCGGGAAUGAUUCGGUCCAGACCGUCACACAUUGGUCAUUAGGACUGACGUCAGGGUUUAUUGUUCUAAAGGAUCAACAAGCUUCUGACGAGCAUGAGGUUGACCAGAAGCUGCUGGUACAGAACCAGGUGCAGAACCAGUUCACACAACGGAACUUUGUGGUUCUGCUGCUUCAGCUGUUAAAGCCUGGAAACAAGUCCUGAAGAGAAAACCAGAAUGUAUGAGACGUGACUUUUGCACAUGUGCAACAUAAAGCUUUUUCCCUAAAUCUUUCCUACUCACAAUCUUGGUUUCUUUCUGACAGCAGUUUUAAUAAUGUUCAUAUGAGUCAAUGGUUGUACAAUAACCCUCUACAUGUUGCUGCCUCCUGAGCAAUGAGUUGUGUUUAAUCUCUUCAGCUUCUUGUAGGAUGUUUCCUACACAACAUAGACAAUGACACGCAGAUUUGUACAUAUCAGCACUUUGUACUGUAUUUUGCACACAAUUCUCAAACCAUGUGAAGACAUUUUUACUUGCAGUAUUUAUAUCAUUUUGUGAUGCGAUGAUGACGUUUGUGUCCAUUUCCAGUGGGAUGUGUUCUAAUUUUCCUGACGCCUGCACCAAAGACUGUUUUACACGGUGGAACUUUGCUUAAUAAAUCCUCCCACAGUAAUAACGUCUGUGCAUUUUUUAAACCAAAGUUGUGUUGUUAGAUGAAUAAAUAGCCCGAUCCGAAGCUUCUGUACCCACAGUAAAUACAGAUGAACCAUUUCUAUCUUCUAUUUUCAUCACUAGAACCUACUGAUCCAUUAGUCCAUCCACAGACAGACGACAGCCAGCAGAUCCUUCAGGAUGGAUGUGUUCAUUUGCUCCGAUAGUUCUAAUGAAGCUGAGUCGGUUCUGGAGCUGUUCUAUGCACCCAUAUUAGUGGAGGUAUACUAAUUGAAGAAGAGGAAGAAGAAAACUAAAAAAUAAAUAAUAAUAAUAAGAAGAAGAAAACUAAAAAAUAAUGAGCAGCAGCAGACAAAACAAAUUGAAGAAGCAGCGGCUAGGGGGCGGUAAUGCACCGUUAAUGAUGCCGGCCGCCGUUAUACAAAUAGAAGAAGAAGCAAACGAAGACGAAGAAGAAUGUAACGCAUUGGAAGCAGUAAUGUUCGUUGGUUGUCGUUUGUUGUCGUUUGUUGUUGUUGAUGUGCGCAGCUUUCAUUUUCAUCUCGCAAUGCGACAGUCUGGAGGCAGAAUGAGCGUCUGGUGCUGGCUGCUGAUCCCAUGUCUCUUCACCUCGUCCUCAGCUCACAACGACUUCUUCACAUCCAUCGG